GCGAACGGUUCAAGUUUAUUCUUAUUCAUAUCAUCACAUUUCAUUAACAACAACAGUGUCGAGAUGUCGUCCAGCGAGAUUUAUCGUUACUACUACAAGACCUCCGAGGAUUUGCAAGGCUUCAAGACAGCCGCAACGGAGCCUUACUUUAAUCCCAUGGCUGCCUACAAUCCGGGCGUCACGCACUAUCAGUUCAAUUGCAACUCGUUGGCCAGCUCCAGCAACUAUUUGUCGGCCAAUGGCUUCAUCAGCUUCGAGCAGGCCAGCUCCGAUGGCUGGAUCACCUCGUCGCCAUCCAGUCAUCGUUCCGAGAGUCCCGAAUACGUUGAUCUGAACACCAUCUACAAUAAUGGUUGCAAUGCGCUGCCACAGAAUCAACAAUUCCCACUGACGCUGGAGCAGCCAGCACCGGCAGCAGCACCAGUAACAGUUCCUGCCAUUCCUCAGCCAGUUAUGGAGAUCAUGGGCUCACCCAAUGUGGGCACCUGCAAGACGGUGCCACAAGCGGCGCCGGUAACGAAGCCCAAGCGCAGCUAUACGCGCAAGAAUCAGCAGGUGGCACCAACUGCUGCAGCUAGCAAUGUUAACAACUCUGUGGCAUCCAACGCUUCGAAUGUGAAUCUCUAUGCUGAUGACUUCCAAAACUUUGACUUUGACAACACGGCUCUGUUCGACGACAGCGUCGAGGAUGACGAUGACAUGAUGCUCUUCGACGAUGACUUUGAUGCCGAUGGCAACGAUGGCUCCUUUGAUUUGGCCGAUGGCGACAGCGAGGAUGCGGCUGGCAAUCCCAAUGCAGCAGCAACUGGUGCCGGCAAGCGGCGUCGCAAUAAGCAAAUCUCACCCGUGGUCAAGCGCAAGCGUCGUCUGGCAGCCAACGCUCGUGAACGUCGCCGCAUGCAGAACCUCAACCAGGCUUUCGAUCGGUUGCGUCAGUAUUUGCCCUGCCUGGGCAAUGAUCGUCAGUUGUCCAAGCACGAAACCCUUCAAAUGGCCCAGACCUACAUCUCCGCCUUAGGUGAUCUGUUGCGUUAAUAGCUCGCUUCAAAUUCCCUCAACAGUCAUUUGCCAAAUGUUGUACCUUCUCUGUAAAUAUAGCAUAUAACCCAGUAGUAAAUUAAUAAUUAAGUAUUAUCAUGUUCAUAGUUUAGUUAAUUAGUUUAAA